AUGGCUGGAGGUAAACCUCGUGGUCUAAAUGCGGCGCGCAAGCUGCGAACAAACCGAAAGGACCAAAAAUGGGCCGACCUUCACUACAAGAAGCGUGCUCUGGGUACUGCCUUCAAAUCAUCUCCUUUCGGUGGAUCUUCCCAUGCCAAGGGAAUUGUUCUCGAAAAGGUUGGUGUAGAGGCAAAGCAGCCCAACUCUGCUAUUCGAAAAUGUGUCCGUGUUCAACUGAUCAAGAAUGGCAAGAAGGUCACUGCCUUCGUUCCUAAUGACGGGUGCCUGAAUUUCGUGGACGAAAACGAUGAGGUUCUACUUGCUGGUUUUGGUCGGAAGGGCAAGGCCAAGGGUGAUAUUCCCGGUGUUCGUUUCAAGGUUGUCAAAGUCUCUGGAGUCGGUUUGUUGGCUUUAUGGAAGGAGAAAAAAGAGAAGCCCCGCUCGUAA